AUGUACUCUGUACAAUGCGGCUUCCGGGCGUGGCACCCUUAUUCCCCAUCGGUAUCCCCAGGUCGGGCCCAUGGCCGGGUCAGCCGUAGUUCCCGACCAUUCAAGCAACCCCCCAUUUCAACACAGUCCUUGUCCCGUCCUUCCGUUGGCACCAACGAGCAAGAACAUAGCAGACCGCGCAUGGAACUCGAGGUUCGUGUCGGGGUCUGGACUUUCCGCCCCCCGGCCGUACUGUCGUUAGCUGCAGCAGGAGCGUGGGCGGAUGUUCGGGAUGCCUACAAGUAUCGGGUUAGAGCUGCUUCAUUCAGCCCGACGCCGCUUCCAGGAGAUCAAUUCCAUGACUGGGGUCUGUUGACUUUGCCUGCCAAAGUAGGGGCCUUGCCAUGUGCCCCUCGCUUGGAACGCGAACAAGACUCGUCAACAUCGAACGAGGCGCCGACAUUAGUCCACACGGCAUCCGGGGCUUCUGGUCGUUUCGAGAAAGUGACAUACCUAUGCCUGGGCUAA